AUGGCUGUUGGAUUGAGGCCAGUGAUUUUGCUGCUUUUGCUGCUCUGCUGUUGGCAACUUGCCUCAAGUAAAGAAGGAAAAUCCACAAAGAAAGGAAAAAAAGGAAAGCAAGUUGUCUGUCCAUCGCAGUUGUCUCCAGAAGAUUUGGCACAGGUUCCAGCUAACUCUACCUCCAACAUUUUGAAUCGUCUGAUGGUCAGUUAUGACCCAAGAAUAAGACCUAACUUUCAAGGUAUCCCAGUUGAGUCCAGAGUGAACAUCUUCAUUAACAGCUUUGGGUCUAUCCAGGAGACGACUAUGGACUACAGAGUAAAUAUAUUUCUUCGACAAAGAUGGAAUGACCCUCGUCUACAGCUUCCUACAGAUUAUAAGAGUGAAGCACUAACUGUUGAUCCCAAAAUGUUCCAGUGUUUAUGGAAACCAGAUCUUUUCUUUGCAAAUGAAAAAAAUGCAAACUUUCAUGAUGUCACACAAGACAAUAUACUGCUCUUCAUCUUCAGGAAUGGAGACGUCCUGAUCAGCAUGAGGCUGUCGGUGACACUGUCUUGUCCCUUGGAUCUUACGCUUUUCCCAAUGGACACACAGCUAUGCAAGAUGCAGCUGGAGAGUUUUGGCUACACCACCAGUGAUCUUGUGUUCAUGUGGCAGUCUGACCCAGUUCAAAUGGAUGAGAUUGCUCUCCCACAGUUUGACAUCAAGCAAGAGGAUAUAAAAUAUGGAAACUGCACAAAGUACUACCAAGGAACAGGAUACUACACCUGUGUCGAGGUUAUAUUUACGUUGCGACGGCAGGUCGGUUUUUACUUGAUGGGAGUUUACGCUCCAACACUGUUGAUUGUUGUUUUGUCCUGGUUGUCAUUCUGGAUCAACCCUGAUGCCUCAGCUGCAAGGGUGCCACUAGGUAUUUUGUCAGUGCUUUCGCUAUCCAGUGAGAGCAUGUCCUUGGCUUCAGAGCUACCAAAGGUUUCCUAUGUAAAGGCUAUUGAUAUUUGGCUCAUUGCCUGUCUGCUCUUUGGUUUUUCAUCCCUGGUGGAAUAUGCUGUAGUCCAGGUGAUGCUGAACAGUCCUAAACGGAUCGAAGAGGAGAAAGCCAAAAUGGCCACAAAAGAAAAAGCUUUGAAGGAGAAAGAAGGAAAGAAGCCUUUAACUAAACCUAACAACACCAUCAAUGGCACUGGUGGAACACCAAUGCACGUCAACACUCUGCAGGUCGUUGAAACCCGCUGUAAGAAAGUUUGCACUUCGAAGUCUGACCUUCGCUCCAGUGACUUCAGCAUCGUGGGAUCUUUACCUCGAGACUUUGAACUUUCUAACUUUGACUGUUAUGGUAAACCAGUUGAAGUUACAGGGGCCCUCAAAUCCCAAAACAAAGCCAACAAGAAACCACCACCACCUAAACCUGUCAUACCGGCAGCUGCUAAGCGCAUUGAUCUCUAUGCAAGAGCCCUUUUUCCCUUCUCUUUCCUCUUCUUCAAUGUUGUCUACUGGUCAAUCUAUCUGUAAGAGGAAGAAGAAGAAAGUGAUUUGUAUCUUGGGUACAGAGCGGACAGUGCUGACAUUAAAAGUACACUUUUCUUUGAUAAAUCAUAUAGUAAAUUUAUAUAUAGGUCAUUCCAUUAAAAAAAAAUCUGUUUAAUCAGAUAAAAGUUCCCACCUUACUCUGUCAGAAACAGCUUUCAUGUACAAUAUUUUUAGUAUUUUCAAGGAAGCAAUGAAUAAUAUUACCUUCAUCCUGUCAAUAUUUUCCAAGGUACAUGGAUGCUUGAAAUUUCAUUUGUAAGUGUCAACUCAACCUAUGGGUUAGAUAUCGGGUUAAAGCAAGUUAUAUUAUGGAAGGUCUCCUUUUUACCUACAUUUUCAACCUGUUCACAUCUGCUAUACAGGUAUACAACACAAAAACUGGUGGGUUGUUUGUUUGUUUGGUUUUUUAACAAUGGAUAUGUGCCAUAAAACAAGCUAUUGCAGAAAUCCACCAUAUGUGAUGAAAUUAGAAAUGCCUGCAACUAGAACAUGUUUCCAACAAACUAACAGUAAUCUCUGAGCAGUCUUACUCGUUCAGCAGUGUUGAUGCUCCAAGGAAACCAUGCCUAUCACAGCUUUAUUCCAGUCGAUCAAAACAGACUGGAAACUGUCAGUUUGUCUGGUGUCAAAAAUACAACCAUUAUGAAGGCUGGAUUUAUUAUUGCCAGAAGUUCCUACACAAGAUUGCACGUCGUUGCUAACUAACAACUCUUUUUUUCUGUUUAGAGCCAUGUUUGCAAAGCUGCAAAAACCAGUGUGGUUCCCGGGUAUAACUGCAAAUUUUCACAAAUAUAAAACUUAGCGUCCUAUUGCUUGAGUUCCCUUAAAGCCUGUAUAUUAAGUAGGCACUGCAUGUUUGUCUUUGUGUAAUACAGGACAUUGUGCUAGUUAUAACCUAAAUUAUGCAGUUUAAAAUAUAACUGUAUCCUGUGCAUUAGAAAUAAAUGCUUUUUAUUGAGGGUAACAUUACUGGUCACACUUCAUGCUAAAGGUAUAGUAUUCUAGAGUGGCCAAUGUGGAUGAGAAUCGAGAAAAAGAAGGUUCUCUACAAGAACCGGUUCCUAGUAGUCCAAUUCCUUGGAAUUGUUAGUCUGCCUGCCUGUCAAUCCCGCUUAUCAGUUCUGGCAUGUAUUCUACAAUUAGCUGAUUUCAGUUAUGGAGGAGCAAAUUGUAGGGCAGUUUCCAGCGUGGAUACGAACAUAAUUUUUAUUUUUAUUGCAAAAAAAGGAAGUGCAAACUGCAUCCAGGACAGAACAGGUUGUUGCUAAUAUAACAGCAUGCAAAUGCUAAGCUAUCCAAGAUCCCAGAGCGAUGCUAAGCUGAGUGAAUGCUGAUCCCAGCCCAUGGCUGAGCCAUCACUUGUGAGCUGCCGUGAAGCCAGCUGCCACUGAACUUCAUCCGGUAACAAACAGAUGAGCAGUUAGGCUGCAGGCUUCGUUUCUACCUGUUUUUAUUUAUAUAUUUAUAUUUAUUUAUAUAUUUAUAUAGCCCAAAAUCACAACAAUCUGUUCAUGUUUCUGAAGUAGAAUCAACAUGGAGAUCACUUAAAAGUCUCUUUGUGCUUGUUUUCAUUUUUUUUUGUGCUGUAGGCUUUGU